ACUUUGUCCUUCAACUCAACUUUCUCUGCUCUGCCUUGCUUCAUUCUUGGUAGUCCAGUAGCUUAAAACUCCAGAGAAAGAAUCUUGCUUUGUUGAGGGUGAAAAUGGAGGGGAAAGAAGAGGAUGUUAAGCUGGGAGCAAACAAGUUCUCAGAGAGGCAGCCCAUAGGGACAGCAGCUCAGACAGAUAAGGAUUACAAGGAGCCACCACCUGCACCGCUGUUUGAGCCCGGAGAGCUCAAGUCAUGGUCUUUCUACAGAGCUGGAAUUGCAGAGUUCAUUGCUACCUUCUUGUUCCUCUACAUCACUAUCCUGACUGUCAUGGGUGUCAAAAGAUCUGAUUCCAUGUGUGCUUCUGUUGGUAUUCAAGGAAUUGCUUGGGCCUUUGGUGGCAUGAUCUUUGCUCUUGUCUACUGUACUGCCGGUAUUUCUGGUGGGCACAUCAACCCAGCUGUGACUUUUGGUUUACUGCUGGCACGGAAGCUGUCCCUGACCAGGGCUGUCUUCUACAUGAUCAUGCAGUGUCUGGGUGCGAUCUGUGGUGCUGGUGUGGUGAAGGGAUUCCAACCAGGUCCAUACCAGAGGUUAGGUGGUGGAGCCAACGUGGUUAACCAUGGCUACACCAAGGGUGAUGGGUUGGGUGCUGAGAUUGUAGGCACCUUUGUCCUUGUCUACACUGUUUUCUCUGCAACCGAUGCAAAGAGAAACGCCAGAGACUCUCAUGUUCCUAUUUUGGCUCCUCUUCCAAUUGGGUUUGCAGUGUUUUUGGUUCACCUGGCCACCAUCCCCAUCACAGGAACUGGCAUUAACCCAGCCAGGAGUUUGGGUGCUGCUAUCAUCUUCAACACUGAUCAUGCAUGGGAUGACCAUUGGAUCUUCUGGGUUGGACCCUUCAUUGGAGCUGCUCUUGCUGCAGUCUACCACCAGAUAGUCAUCAGGGCCAUUCCUUUCAAGACCAGGGCUUAAAGUUUCUUUUUCUUCUUCUUCUAGUUCUUCCUCAUUCAUCUCCAAUCUUAUCUUUUUCCUUAAUUUUUUUUUUUGUUUCAUUGCAUCCUUCUCUAUGGUUUAUAUAUAUAAAUAUAUUCUGGGUUUCAUGUGCAUUUUGUUAUUGAGCUGUUAAAUUAUGUGUGUAAAUUAAUUACUACCAUUGCCUGUUCUAUCAACUUUGUAACAUCAUCUGAGUUGGAGAAUUCUUUUGUUAUUA